AUGGCUUGUACAGUACUCCAGGAUCUGGAUCGCCAGGGUGUUCUUAGUCCACCGGAUCAACUGCAAAAUGGCGGGACGCCACUGCGACUGUUUGUUACAGGAAAGGCUCUCGUUUCAGGAUUAAAGGAUCUAGAAAGCAAGGCGGGUUCGGCCUCCGAGCAGCAAAGACAGCACGCAUUCGGGAGAAUCAAUUCGGAGGUAGACGUGGCGCUUCACAUUCUUCGCCUCUUUGCUGAGGCAACAUCUACUGCCAGAGAUGCCGAGGAUCAUGAUUUGCAGCAGCUCCUUCGGGCUGUUUUGCCGGGUGAAAUUGAGCUCUCGAUCGUAUUGUUGGCAGAGACCAUCAAGCACAAACUGGUAGAUAUCUAUGGUUCACGACUCAGUCUCCGCCCACUAGGCGGCCAGUGGUUGCUUGAAAAGAUGCAAGAUCUCGGCUGGUAUCAAGCGUUUUUAUCAUACUUGUUGCAUCGAUAUGGGAUGCGUUUCAUCUACUACGGCUAUCUACAGGGCUCCAUUCCCGACCAUGGCCUCGAUCAUUCAAAAUGCCAAGGGAUUCGUUGCGUAGCGAACAACAUUGACAAGGCCACGUAUGUUACAUAG